UCAAGAGAGAAAAUGCCAAUCGAUUUGUAUUACGUCCCGGGGAGCUCGCCCUGCCGCGCUGUGCGACUUGUCGCUGCCGCUGUCGGCGUUGAAUUGAAUCUUAAAUUAACCGAUCUCAUGGCCAAAGAGCAUCUCAAACCCGAGUUUAUCAAGAUGAAUCCUCAACAUACUCUGCCCACCUUGGAUGAUAACGGAUUUUACUUGUGGGAAAGCCGUGCCAUUUGCACGUACUUAAUCGACAAGUACAGCCAGGAUGAUUCUCUCUACCCGAAAGAUCCCAAGCAAAGAGCCAUCAUCAACCAACGCCUCUACUUUGACCUGGAUUGUCUGUAUAAUUCAUUUGCCGACUAUCUCUAUCCGCAAAUGUUUGGGGGAGCGCCUGCCGAUCCCGAAAAGCUGAAAAAAUGUUACGAAUCUCUUGAUACUCUUGAGAAAUUCUUAGAGGGUCGAAGUUACGUCGCUGCUGACCACAUGACCGUUGCAGAUCUCGCGCUCGUCACAUCUGUCUCCAAUUUUACGAUUAUCGAUUUCGAUUUGACUCCAUACAAAAAUACACUUGCAUGGCUCGAUAAAAUAAAAGCCGAAGCUCCAAAUUACGAGGGAACCAAUGGAGAAGGGCUUAAGGCAUUCGAAGCACUCAAGAAGCAGCUCAUGAAAUGAACAAUUUUAUUUACACAACUUUAACACACUCUUAUUUUUUCGACAAGUAUACGCUCAGAUGUUUAUAAACAAUAAUAAUCUUCCAUUAC